UCUCAGGUGACCGGUCCAGAACGCCCAGUUGCUAUGUAUUCUGGUUGCCAUAGACACCGCUGGUGCUCGCCGCUCGGUAGUACAUUUGUCCUCCCAGUAUGCGGCCCCCGGGACCGUUCUCCCGCCGCUUCGUCCUCCUCCUGCUGCUGCUGACGGAGCUCCCAACUUUCUGUCGGGCUUUAGCCACCUCCAUCCCACUCAUCCAGCCCGGAGACUGCACCGGCAGCCAGUACUAUGACGUGACCACCUACUCCUGCCUGGCCUGCAGCUCCGGGGUGGCGGCUGCUGAUGGCCUGAGAUGUACGUGUCCUGCUGGCUCUGCUAUAGUAGGCAACCUGGGAUCUCCGCAAGUAAACUGCAGUGCUUGUGCCAUUAAUACAAAAGUGUCUCUAGACCAAAGGACCUGUCUAACCUGUGUCAACAGCAUAUGUGAUUGUGCCAGCAGCGCAGCUGCAGAGCAAAACUUUAUAAACAAAACAGUGCAAUGCGUCUCGUGUUCCGGAGGUACAACGCCGAAUGUUGCUGGAGACCAGUGUGUGCUGUGUCAGCCAACCUAUAGCAGCACCUGCACCUGUCCUGCAGCUAAUGAGGCUGGAGGUCUCUGUCUGCCGGACGCUAAACAGGAAUUCCCAUCACUGACGUUCUGGGAGUCUCUGUACCUGUUUUCCAGCUUUGAUGUGUGUUCGGUUUACAGCAAUGCGACUGCCUGCCAAGUCCUCACUAACAUGGUCAUUAUGAACGUCUUCUCCAGCACCAGCACAGCCUAUAGCCUCUAUGUCAAAGUCAGUAAUCCAUUGCUCCCGCAGCUGAUAUAUAGCACUUCAAGUCAGCUGGGGUCAACAGCCCCAUCUGGUCUGUCAUACCAGAAGAAUGCUCAGAUACAGUUCAGACUUGUGAAGUACGAUGUCCGUGGGAACUUCUUGGGUUGGGAAUCUGUGACAGGAGGAACUUUACAGAUGUGUCCGAAUACGCAGAGUGUGUUGAACGCUGCCUUUGCAUUUGGAACAUACUACAGCCAGUCUUGUACGCUGCAGGUUUCUGAUCUGUUCCAGGCGGUCCCUGUGCCGGUUUUCUAUGAAUUAUUCCUGCUGUAUACCACUACCAGUGGCACCAGUAUGCUGUGGCCAGUCCCAGUGUGGAACGCCAAUAUCCUAGGCAGUUCAGGCGUUCUCGGAUCCAGCGCUUUGAGGCGGUUCUUUCUGAUUGACGGCAUCUCCGGGAGACAGUCGAACCUCUCCAACCAGCCAUCUUAUGUCACCGUGGCAACGAGCCUCACCCUAAGUGUGUACCUGCCGCUCAGCCCCCCGAGCACUCAGCCACCAUUCCAGCUGACCGUGAAUUAUCAGAGGCAGAGUCUCUCAGCAACCGCACAGGUUUCAUUUGCUGUCACAUAUACGCAGAGCCAGGGGACGUAUAAAACAAACACUGAUAUUGCCCUGGGAGUCUUGGGGGCUCUGGCUGCACUACUUGCCUUUUUGGAGACCAGCAGUUGGCUGCGGAGAUCUGGGCAGCAGAAUAUUGGCAUAAUGGUGAUCAUUAAAUUCCUGGCAUUCCUUUGCGGAACACUCGCCAAUGCUUUCUUCCUGAUUGCAUAUGGUACUGCGGUCUACUGGCUGAUUGCAUUUAAGGGUCAGACUUCAGCAGUAAGCGUGACUUUACCUCCGGCUGGUGGGCAAGUUGAGAAUGAUUUCAUUAUCUACUUAUCCGUUGCAUUUGCACUGAAGGCUUUGGAAUUGCUCCACCUGCUGGUCACACAACUGACUUGCAACAUUUUCUUGGUUGACUGGGAAAAAUCCAAGGAUAGAACUGCAUCUAAUACACAAGGAAAGACAAAUGUCAGCAUCUGGAGAACUAUACUGAUCGCCAAUGAGUGGAAUGAGAUCCAGGUGCAUCGGAAGCUCAGUCCCCUCUUCCAGCUCUUUAUGGUAUUGCUGCUAUUGGAGGUUGUAGGCCUCAAAAACAUUGCCACGAAGGAUUUAACUCAGAAUUUAAAUCCGGCAACUGGAACUUACCAGGCUCCGUUCAGCAUUAUUCUGAGAUUCGGCAUUUCCGCCUCCAUGUGGCUGGCUGUAGGCAUAGUUCAGGUUAUAUUCUUUGUCUUCAUCUAUGAACGCUUUAUUGAAGACAAAAUUCGUCAGUUUGCCGACCUGUGUUCUCUAAGUAACGUCUCGGUGUUUAUCCUGACACACAAGUGUUACGGAUAUUACAUCCAUGGCCGGUCAGUACAUGGGCAGGCAGACGUCAGUAUGGAGACUAUGCUGGACAAUCUCCGCAAAGAAGAGGAAAACUUGUGUCCUAUGAGAGGCCUAGAACCGGGCAGUGAUGUCCAGACCUUUGAGGUUCUGCUCAGCGAGCGUGUCCGCGAUCAAUACGAGAAGAUCAUGCAGCCACUAAUAGAGGCUCCCAGGAACCAGAAAGGGGGAAAUGAGAAGAACCCUCUGCUACAGCAAAGAAUAAAGACCUAUUACACCAUCAAUCGCUUCCUCUCUUCCUUCCUGGAUCAUGUGUAUAAAGAUAUGGAUUACAUGGUGAAGGACAAACUGUUUCUGGAGAGCGUUCUUGACAUUGAGUUUCAGCAGCCCAUUGAGAAGUCUAUUCUGUACAAAGACGAUCGGUAUCUGUUCAGCCGCACCCUGUUCUACAGCCACGAGCUGGUGCUGCUUCUCUUCGACACACUUCUGUUUGGCGUCAUUGAUCUGGGAACGCAGAAUUUCGUGCUGGCGACCAUUCUAACCUUUGUAGUGCAGAUGUUUGUAAAAUUUCUUCGUUCCCUAAUUGGAAAGAAAAACCUGGCAACGCAGACUUUAGUAGAAGAAAACUUUCUCAUAUGAAGAAUGAAAAUACUUGGGAGACGCUGGUCAGACCCCAGAGAGAGGACUUAAUGAGAAGCGGCCGGAAAAACGUGUAUGCAGACAAAUGGGACAAUUAGGGAUGUAGAUUAAUUUGCAUAGGUUAUUACUGGUAUUUACUGAAAAUACCCUCAUGGAAGCGGUUUUAGGAACACCACCUUCAGACAUUCCCAACAGUCCACUUUCAGGUCUAUCUGGAUGUCCCUUCGGGGCAGGAGGCGGUGCCUGUUGUCCUGAUUUUCUUCAUUUUUUUUAAAUGUUGAAAGCUGUGCCAUAAGGGAAUAGCAGUUACACGUGAGAUGCAGUGUAAACGGGAACAAAACUUCCCUUUAAAAUAAAUAAACAAAUGGCAGUUUAUUUUUAUUUUUUUCAUAUGUUUUAAUGUUAAAUGCAAAUCCUGCAUAAAAGUGGGAUCAGAGGAAAUAAUCGAACGGUUAUUGUGAUACAGCUCCUUUUUUCAUGUACUUGCCUUUCACGGUAUAAUCCAGCUUUUUUAUUUUUGUAAUUAAUGAGUUUAAAAAUAUUUAAUAAAAAUUUGUAUUUUUG